GAAACCAGCCUUUGCCGAUCACACAGGAGUCUAGAGAACCUUUCUUGACCAUGCAGGGCUCCAAAGGAAUCGAGAACCCGGCUUUCGUCCCUUCCAGCCCAGGCACCCCACGCCGUGCGUCUGCUUCGCCCUCCCAGGUGGAGGUCUCUGCUGUGGCCUCCAGGAAUCAGAAUGGGGGUUCGCAGGCUCGGGAAUCUGAGGAGCCUCAGAAGUCAACUGAGCCAUCCCCGACUUCUUCGAAUCCCCCAGCUUCUGAUGAGCCGCCGGGGUCACAGCUAAGCGAGCUUGAGGAGGGACCUUGCGGGUGGAGGGGCUUUCACCCCCAGUGUCUACAGCGCUGCAACACCCCCCAAGGCUUUUUGCUUCACUACUGUCUCUUAGCCCUAACGCAAGGUAUCGUAGUAAACGGCCUGGUAAACAUUAGCAUCUCCACCAUUGAGAAGCGCUAUGAAAUGAAAAGCUCACUGACAGGCCUGAUAUCAUCAAGCUACGACAUCUCCUUUUGCGUGUUAUCUCUAUUUGUGUCUUUCUUUGGGGAGAGAGGACACAAGCCUCGCUGGCUCGCCUUUGCAUCCUUUAUGAUAGGACUGGGAGCGCUGGUGUUUUCCUUACCACACUUCUUCAGUGGAAGAUAUGAACUGGGAUCCAUUUUUGAAGAUACGUGCUUAACAAGGAACAGUACCAGAUGUUCAUCUUCAACCUCCCGGCUUUCUAACUACUUCUAUGUCUUUGUCCUGGGACAAUUGUUGCUGGGGACCGGAGGAACUCCGCUCUACACCCUAGGGACAGCCUUUAUUGAUGACUCUGUGCCCACACACAAAUCUUCUCUCUAUAUAGGUAUUGGCUAUUCUAUGUCAAUCCUAGGCCCUGCCAUUGGAUAUGUGUUGGGUGGACAGCUGUUGACAAUGUACAUUGAUAUUGCUCUGGGACAAAGUUCUGAUCUGACUGAGGAUGAUCCCCGGUGGCUGGGGGCUUGGUGGAUUGGAUUCCUUUUAGCUUGGCUCUUUGCUUGGUCUUUGAUAAUGCCUUUCUCCUGUUUUCCAAAGCAUUUACCAGGGACAGCAAAAAUUCAAGCUGGCAAAACUUCCCAGACUCAUCAAAAUAAUAGUACUUCCUUCCAACAUACGGAUGAAAAUUUUGGAAAAAGUAUUAAAGAUUUUCCAACUGCUGUAAAGAAUUUGAUGAGGAAUACAGUCUUUAUAUGUUUAGUUCUAUCAACUACUUCUGAAGCAUUAAUUACUACGGGAUUUGCCACAUUUUUACCUAAAUUUAUAGAAAAUCAAUUUGGAUUGACAUCGAGCUUUGCAGCCACUCUUGGAGGGGCUGUUUUAAUUCCUGGAGCUGCUCUUGGUCAAAUCUUAGGUGGUGUUCUUGUUUCAAAAUUCAAAAUGAAGUGUAAAAAUACAAUGAAGUUUGCCUUAUGUACAUCUGGAGUAGCACUUGUGCUGAGUUUUGUAUUUAUUUAUGCAAAAUGUGAAAAUGAGCCAUUUGCUGGUGUGUCUGACUCAUAUAAUGGAACAGGAGAAAUGGGGAAUUUGACUGCACCUUGUAAUGCCAACUGCAACUGUUUGCGGUCCUACUAUUACCCACUCUGUGGAAGUGAUGGAAUCCAGUAUUUUUCUCCCUGCUUUGCAGGUUGCUUAAACUCAGUUUCAAACAGGAAACCCAAGGUAUAUUAUAAUUGUUCCUGUAUAGAAAGGAAAAUCACUUCUACUGCAGAAAGUACUGAUUUUGAAGCUAAAGCUGGAAAAUGUAGAACUCGGUGUUCAAACUUGCCCAUAUUUCUUGGCAUUUUCUUCAUUACAGUUAUCUUUACCUUUAUGGCAGGCACUCCUAUAACUGUGUCUAUAUUAAGGUGUGUUAAUCACAGACAUCGGUCUCUAGCAUUGGGAGUGCAGUUCAUGCUUCUUCGCUUGUUAGGCACAAUACCUGGGCCAAUUAUAUUUGGUGUCAUAAUAGACAGCACAUGUGUUCUGUGGGAUGUCAAUGAAUGUGGAAUAAAAGGAGCAUGUUGGAUUUAUGAUAACAUCAAGAUGGCACAUAUGCUGGUAGCUAUAAGUGUUACUUGUAAAGUUAUCACCAUAUUCUUCAAUGGACUUGCGAUUGUUCUCUAUAAACCACCGCCCCCAGGAACAGAGGUAUCAUUUCAAAGUCAGAAUGUCAUUGUGUCUACUAUUUCGGUCGAAGAGGAUCUAAACAAAGCAGAAAAUGAAGGGUGAAAAGGAGGAGGAGAUUGUCUUGGAGAACUGGCUCCUGCCUGUAAGAACAGACUGUGCCAAGGCACCAUUGUCUAGUUUGUGUAGACCAUGGUGUGAAGCCCAUGUUCCAGAACUGAGGUGAUCAUUGCCUAGGUACAGAGUCCUAAUUUUGUUAAAACAAACAACAACAAAAUAAACAAAAACAAAAAACCCCACAAAAAACACAAAGGUUCAUGCCUCUAAAGUUCACCAAAAGCCUCAAACCACUCACAUUUUUAUUUAUUUCCAUUGUCAACCUAUGAAAACACCAAGGAAUAACAAGGAUAAUUGCCAACAACACAUACUUUAAACUUUAUGCUUCUAAAUACAGGUAUGCACAUACACAAAGUAAAAUGUCUGUUUUUAUUUCUUUUGUUUUCUGUAAGACAGGGCUCACAUACCCCAAUAGCUCAGGAACUCAGGUAGCUAAAGAUGACCUGUGACAUCUGAUUCUCCUGGAGUUACAUCUCAUACACUGAGGUUACAAGUCUGUGUUACCACCAUUGGCUCACACCGUCAUAUUUUAAUCCUUUCAUUGCUGAUUGAUUGAGCUUAUUUGAGAUGUUUACAGCACAAAAAUUUAAGCUAAGGAAAUUUAUGUAAUGCUUUUGGGGAUGAGUUAUUUAAAACUCACUUUACAGUGUAGGUUUUAUAUCUCCUUCUGAUCAUAUAUUUUCACAGUAAAUUACUUAACUGAUAGAAUGUAGGGUAGUUAUCUUUUUUGUGUCCUACUACCCUACAGCCUCAGAAAUCUCAGCAUCAACUACACAUUUUCAAUUUAGAAUAAGAAUUCUAGGAGGCAAUUUGUUAAUGUUAUUGACUUUUAACACUAAAACUUACGACUGUGAUAGUAUUGUUCAAUUGCCUAUUUUCAGAGAAAAGAACCAGCUUCAAUGAUGAAAAGUGCCAAGUAGACAUGACAAGAUGUCAUAAUGCACUAUUGACAAAUGUUUGUUUAUCAAGUCCUUUAAAUUUUAUUUUACAAACUAAUCACCUAGCCCAUUAAUUACAUUAACAUAAGCAGAGUUUCAUUUAAUAGGCGUCACGUAUUGUUAUUUAGUGAAAGUUUGAAUUCAAUGACGUGAUUACUUGAAGCUUCAGUAUUUUGUACACCUUACAUCAUAGUAACUAAACUCCAUUUGUGUAGGCUCCUGACAAAUUUACUUAAAAUACUGAAAGUGUUGGUCAUUGAGCAUCAACAAAAAAUUGACUAUUGUGAAAACUAUUUCUAAUUAAUAGAAGUAUUACAUGGCUAAGGAUCUAGCUGAGUUCAAAUUCUAAAUUUCGGUCCUGAAAAGAUCUAUUCAAAACUAAGGAGGUGAUUAUAUUUGUGUUGUUUUUACAAAUCAAAUCUUCUACUUUAAUUAGUUUCCCUAGCCAACCAGCCCACACCCCAUACCACCCAUGUUAGCUCUUUAUGAGUUUCAUGAAUCAGGUUCUCCAUCAGGGCAGCACAAGUCCAGAAAAAAGACCUGGAAAACUCUAGAAUUCACAGAAAACUCUAGAAUUCACAGAAUUUACAUUGCUGUGUCUGGUGGCAAUCUAUGUGUGGCCCAUGACUUCAGUACCUGGGAACUCUUAUAAGCUGAAAUUCAAGAAGGAGGAGGGAUGAGCUAGGAGUUAGACUCACAAGCCUCUUCAAUAUUCAAAUAUUAGAGGGGUCAGUCUCAGGAAACUGAGGGUUAGACCUACUUGUCUCAGGAACUUACAUACCAAAAAUCAUUUUGAAAAAAUAUAGCCAAAAUUCAGGUAUUUGGGAAGCCAACACUUCCAUCAAGCAAGGGGACAGCACAAGAAAGACAGGGAAAGCCACAGGAUACCUUGGAUGAGAAUAUUCCUCCCCACUUUCUGGGCACAUCUUAAAUACUGCCUCCAUUGUGACCAAGGGUAAUAGGAGUCAGAUUUUCUACAAUCCCAUGUGCAGAAGCAUGGCACCCCGUGGAAUAGGAUAAGCUAAUGCAAUCCUGAGAAGCUUAGCGAUAGAACCAUGAAAUAAGAACAAGAAAGAAAAUAAGAAGUCUGCACAGGCAGAGGAGUAUAUGGUCCCUUAGGGAGAAGAAACAAAACAAUUCCAAACAUAUUGUCUGAUGAAUAGGACAGUAGAGAAUUGGUCUCCAUAAUGAUUAGUGUUCAUCAAAAGGACAUUGUCUCCAGUUUACUCAGUUUAGAUAUAUUCCUUUCACACUUUUUAAGCAAACUUGCAAGAGAAAAUUGCUAAAGGGAACCAAUAAUUUUGGCACUCAGAUAUACAUAUUUAGAAAGAAUACCUCCACUUGGAAUAAAGUGAACACACUACUGUAAUCUUCCAUUUGUAAAUUCAUGCAUAUUAUAUGUGUUGGUUUGCAGCUUUUAGAAUAUAUUUUCAUGAUAUGUGCUUGCCACAGCUUAUAAUUAUUUCAAAAUCACUUUCAGGUGUACCUGCUGUAAUUUUGUACAUAAUUGAAUCUAUCUUAAAAUUUCUUAUAUUUUGAUUUUCUUAACUGCGGAAAAUAAAAAUAUAAAACUCUUUCUUAACCAUGGGAAAAUUGUAUACAUUUGACUUUGCUAUGUAAAUUGGAAGAAAUAUAAAUAAAAUGUAGACCUAUUUUCUUUGUUGCAAACAACU